CAGACGGAUUUAUUUCCACAGCUGAGUGUAGCAACUCUCCUCUUGGGCUCACAGUGGUUCUUCUGGGCUUGACACUUGGGUGGUGGGGAGAAGGGAAUAAAGUGAGUCCAGAAGGCGGACGGUUGACAUGGAUGCCCUCGCGCUUGAGGCUGCCAUUGGUAAAAAGCCAGCAAACGGGGCAGCGGCUGCACCUGUACUGGCCCCGGCACCGGUCAAACGUAAACCUGCUAAAAAAGCUAAAAAGGCUGUUGUUUUCUUUGAGGUGGAGAUACUUGAUGCCAAGACCAAGGACAAGCUCUGCUUCCUGGACAAGGUGGAACCAAAUGCCACCAUCGGAGAAAUCAAGUCUAUGUUCCACAAGAGCCAUCCUCAGUGGUACCCAGCCAGACAGUCCAUUCGCCUUGACCCCAAGGGGAAAUCUCUAAAAGAUGAGGAUGUUCUGCAACAGCUUCCUGUGGGAACCACGGCAACCUUUUACUUCCGAGACCUGGGGGCUCAAAUCAGCUGGGUCACUGUCUUCCUGACAGAGUACACCGGACCUCUCGUCAUCUACCUGAUGUUCUACUUCAGGGUCCCAUUCAUCUAUGCUCCUAAAUAUGAUUUCACCACCAGUAAACACUGGGUUGUUCAUUUGGCCUGCAUGUGCCACUCUUUCCACUACGUCAAGAGGCUGCUGGAGACACUGUUUGUCCAUCGCUUCUCUCACGGAACCAUGCCAUUGCGCAACAUCUUCAAGAAUUGUACAUACUACUGGGGCUUUGCAGCAUGGAUGGCUUAUUACAUCAAUCAUCCACUAUAUACGCCACCAAUUUAUGGCGAGCAACAAAUCAAAAUGGCCCUCAUCUUAUUCCUGUUCUGUCAAAUUGGUAACUUUUCCAUCCACAUUGCGCUCCGCAACCUCCGUCCACCAGGCUCCAAGACCAGAAAGAUACCAUAUCCAACAAAGAAUCCCUUUACCUGGAUCUUCCUGCUGGUCUCCUGCCCCAACUACACUUACGAGUUGGGCUCUUGGCUCGGCUUCACACUGAUGACUCAGUGUCUGCCUGUGGCCUUCUUCACCUUGGUGGGUUUCAUUCAGAUGACCGUGUGGGCCAAGGGAAAGCAUCGCAGCUACCUGAAAGAAUUCCGUGAUUACCCUCCUCUCCGAUCACCCAUCCUGCCCUUUGUCCUGUAGUCGGUGGCUCCUUCUUCUUAAUCAGCUUUCAUUGAGGGUAGCAAUCUCAUCAUCUCCCUUUAUUUCGCCUCUACUUGUCCACUGGAAUUACACUGACUGAAAACAUGCUCGCGUGCUGCUUGCAUGUUUAUCGCUAUUUUGAUAAGUGUUUAACACAUCUCUAGCUUUGUUUCGUUUCACACACUCAACAACCUAACCAAUUUUGACUGGUUCUGUGAAUUAUUUGUGCAACUGACAUACACCAUACAGAUCAUACAGGUCUGGUUUAUGUUUUGAUGUUCGGGAAUUUAUUAAUAGUUGUUCACAUCCCUUCAUCUGAAAAGGUAAUUUAUUAAUAAAAAAUGAACCAAACCUGUG